AUGUUCAAGGCCCUCAUGGGCGGUGGUCGCUCCUCCGAUACGCGCAGCAACUCGAGCUCCAAAGCCAAAAGUCGCCGCGGAGCUGACUCAAAGGCCUCCUCAACAGUGAGCCGUAAGUCAUCACGGGGUGACGACCGUGACCGUGGCUUGGGCGAUCUGUCAGCCUACUCAACCUCUGGCGGCCAUAGCAGGCGCUAUGCAUCCAGUGCAGCAGGGGACUCGGUCGCUUCAAGUUAUGCGACGGCGGAGCCUGCUGUCUCCGUAGAACCCGAGCGCAUCGUUAUCGAACGAACGCCUAAGCGCCGAAAUGCCUACGACUCCGAACGCCGUGGGCGCGACCGAGGCAAUAUUGACGAGGUUGGUUCACGCAGGCGCGAUCGACCUCGAUCGUCGAGUCGGGAUCGUGAACACUUUAGGUCAAGCCGGGAGAGUGGAGUGGAUGAUGCUGGUACUCGAGACCGUGAGAGCCGUCGCCGACGAACCCGGUCAGGCGAUGCGUAUCUGCCUGCGGCAUCUAGUGGUGAUCAAGGUGCCUCUGGGAGGCCACGUUCUGAUAUACCCCAAUUUCCUCCCGAAUUCCACAAUACGCUCCCAGGUACCUCCGCACCCGAAUCUCCCAACACAGCCUACGAUCCUCAUGUCCAGCAACAGUUUCCUGGUCAGUUUCCAGCAUUUGUUGCCGAGCCCUACCGACCGCCAAACCCCGCAGGUGAAGCGUCUGAAUACUACGGGGAUCAAGGACAGUCUGUCGCAGAACAACCGGGUGUCCGACCUAAGCCUCAGGCCGUCAUCCCCCAUCACCAAGCGCACUUAAUGACGGCUUCGCCGAGUGCCAACCCACCCCCGGAGCCAAGCAGCAUGGGGCAAGUUGGUGCAGCAGCGGACUAUUACACAGACGAUAUUCAGGACGAGCCACCACCCGAGCAAUCGGGACAUUCUCCGCCCGUGCCGGCGCCAAAACCGCCGAAACCAUCUGCACAGCCAUCUGGAUCGACAGUUACAGCGGCGGCCGCCGCUUAUGGUGUAGAAGAGAGCAUUCAGGAGAAUGCUGUUUCUAAUUUGUCUCCUGCACCUGUUGAGUCUCCGGCUAUAACUCAGGCUCCUAAUUCCCAUAGUGUUGACGCAUCUAUUGGAGUUGCAGUAGCGGGUACAGCAGCCGGCUACAUGAUAGGUCACCAUCAGCAAACCUCAAGCGUUGAUCACUCUCAGCAGAACACUGUGCAGAACUACGAGGAAAUAUCCCAGAAUGGCCUUGUGCACACAGGGCCAUCAAUAUACCUCCCUACUUCUAAUGCACCACUCUAUACUCCUGGGGAUGGGGUUCCAGUAGGGUACGCCGCCCAUCCGUCGCAUCCCCAUCAUGCCGCCCUCUACCAUGGCUCCCCAUUUCAGGCCGGAGGAUUGGCUUUUCAGCAGCCCCAGCGCGGGCCACUGGAUAAGUUCAUAGAUUUUUGGCGUGAUCCUGAGGGCGUGGGCAUGUUCGAAGAUUACACGGAAGCAAUCGGAAUCUGCAAGUAUUGCUUUGAACCCGGCACCACCUCUCGGGAUGCACCUCGCAAGCACAAUCAUAAACCUCACCGUCGCUCCGGUGAUCGAUACAGUAGCGGUUCCAGAGUUGACAAGCUAGGUCGCUAUGCAUCCUCCGAAGACGAAAGUCGACGCCGCAAGAAAUCAUCGAGAAAUUCAUGGCUGCCUGGCAUGCUUGCCGGUUAUACAGUAAUGUCGCUUUUCAACAACAAGGGUUUUGAUGAUACCUAUAGUGUUCGGUCUGGUCAAGUAAAAGGCUCGUCAUAUGACAGUGACAAUGGUUCGAUCGAGCGGAAAAGUCAAACCUCACGCGGUGUUUAUAGGCGUUCGCCUCGUAGUCGAUCUCGGGAUAGCUUCCGCCGUAACCAUUAUACGGACAAAAGAUUGGGAAUAAAUGAGGGAUCUAGAAUGCGCUCUCACUCGCGCUCUCGUUCCUCAUCAAGGACAGAAAGCCAUUUUCUUAGAGAUGCCGCGCUGGGCGCGGCAGUCGGCGCCACCGCCAUGUCAGGGUCCAAAGCUCGCGACAGAAGCUGUAGCCCGAACCAAUCUCAACGGGCACGGACGAAAAGCAGAAAAUCCUCCUCUUCAGAUUCUUCUGUUGUGGACGUUUCCAGGUCUUCUCGGAAAUCUCUGGGCGGAGGACUAAGUUCUUUUUUCACCGCAUCGUCCGAGAAUCGCAGGAAGCGACGUACUAAGAAGCGAAGCGGGCUAUUUUCCUUUAACAAUUCGUCUUCCUCGUCCCUAGACGCUGAUUUGGCUUUUGGAAAUGGUUACGCGAAACGAUCUGGUAAACUGAAGAAAAGGGGCAGCAAGAAAAAUCGAGCGGAUGUGGAUGCAACCUUGCUGGGUUUGGGUGCAGCUGCCACUGCACUUGCUGCAAAAUCCCAUCACAAAAACCGACGGGCAGGAGAGAUUCUUGCCGGCAAAGAUUCUCGUUCUGGUCGCUCAGACUAUUCUUCUGCUACUAACGAUGAAGGAUGGGAAGACUUGGACUCAGGUGAUCAGUCGCCCUCCAGUAUCAGCUCAGCCCUUGCCUUUGGCGGUGACGAUUCCCAAUCCUCUGAUUCCGGAACAUCGCUUUGGGGCUGGAGAUGGGGAAAUAGGAAAAAUAAGAAGAAAAAGUCCAGUUUAGUUGCGGCUGUGGGUGCUGGUGCUCUCGGGGCAACCGUAUUGGCUUCUGACUAUUAUCGGGAUGGCAAGUCGACUAGCCAGGACGGCGUAAGCAGUACUGGGAGUCUUCAGCAUGUGGCUCCAGUGUCAACAAACGACCCUUCGCGCUUUGAUGCUAUCAGAGAAUCUUCGUUGCCUUCUUCCCAGCCCGCAUUCAUCCGCCCAGGACCUAUUCCCCUUCGACAACCUCAGCCAGUGACGCCGGUUUCUCAAGCGGUAUAUACAACUCAAGGCGAGUCCGUUCUUGCGUACAGUGCACCACCAACCGGGGCUCCACUCUUUGGCGGAGAGACGUACUACCCUUAUCGAACCCGGGUCUCGGAGUCAAGAGACAAACCAUGGGCUCAUCCCGAACGCAAAAAUGUGGCAAGUAGGCCACCGGGGCGGAGUGGUGCUUCCCCUGUGUUUCCUACAGAGUCUCUGGAAGGGAGUCGAAUAUCCGGUCCGCAGCGUCGAUCUACCAUGAAAGACCAAGCAUCGGUUCAAUUUGACCUGACCGAAGAGCAAGAAGAUAAGGAGCGGCGUGCUGACCGACUGGAGAGACUAAGAAGCAAUGCUGAAUACGAGAACGGUGUGCAACUUAUUGAUCGAGAAAAUGAACCAAGAUCUCGGGAUGCAGGUCGUCUGUCAACUCGAUACAGAGAUCGAGAUCAUGAGAAAAUUCGAGUGGACGACAACAAUGAAGAGCAGAGAGGCUAUCGGCAAGAGCCCCGUAAGGAAUCGAGUCCUUCGUGGAUUGGUGCAGCGGCCGCCGGUACGAUAGGUGCCGCAGCCGCAGCGACAGUGCUUUCUAGUAAAACUUCUAAUGAUGGCACCUCCGAACCUGGUCAACAUUACCAUGAUGAACGACGGGAGAAACGCCGAGCAGAAAGACGCCGCUUUGCCGAGUCUGAGCCUACAGUUUUAGCUUCAAUGUCGGGUGUUGAUGAAGGGCGGUCGUACUCUGCGCGUGGACCAGAGCAUGUCAAGACAUCUGCAUUCCGAGACAUCUCCCGUAAGAAGCCAGUCUAUGAUGACUACGCACAAUUUUUCGCACCUGAGGUGCAACGUUACAGCCCCGAUACUUAUACACGCCGCGAGCCUACUUCGAUGCCUCCGAUUAUUGAAGCAGAACCCGCAGGCAAGGAUACACGGACGUUGAAUGAGGAACCGCAUCCUGAUUAUGGCGGCUUGCCCUGGCCAGUACCUGUGCUUAAAGUCAUCGAGCCUACUCCUCCACAAAGCCUGAGCGGCUCGGUUAGAGAUAUUUCGUCGCCGAUUAUGUCAACUCCGGAUAUAGUCCAGGAAGAUAGCAAGCCCAAACGGCAGACAUCUGGCUCUCGAGUUUCUUGGGGUGAACAUGAGCUGCACGAAUAUGAAGUUCCUUCUACGUCUUCCGAGGUUGAGUCUGUCGAUCACGAUGUGACAGACCAAAGUAAGCAGAAAGAGAAAGGUAAGAAUGUUCGAGAGGACCGUGAAAUUUCGACGAAGAACGAUUCCAGUGCUUUCGAACACGAUAUUGAAUUCGCGGCGACUGUGGCUGCAGCCACUGCAGCAGCAGGCUUUGAUCCGUCUCUCGUUACGGACGAUCCGGCAUACCAUAGACGAUCAUCGUCUCCUGGAUCCGAGUCCCGUGAAAAUUUCGUUUCGCCUUGGGCUGAAGUUCGCUUUGAUUCUAGACAACCUUAUGGCUUUGUUGAAGGUGAGGCGGAGACCGCAGAUAAUAUGGACGAGAGCCAGUCGGUGCCACGACGAUUUGUCGACAACGGACCUCUUUAUUCGGAGCCUGAGACUGUUGUCCGGCAAACAGAGACGGGUCAUGAAUCCCGGGCACCAGCCACAAUUGCGCAGGAGGUCAUCGAACAGCUCGGUGGAAGAAGAGAUAUUGAAGUCAAUGAAAUUUCUAAAGAAUCUGUCAACCCUACUGACGACACUCAGCGGAAUGCGGGCUGGAGUGAAAGCAGCGGUAGACCUCAGUCACCUCACGAGGAGGUCUACGCCAUGCCAGGUGGAUUCGAACAAGACUCUCCUGGUAUGCUCAAGGACGGUGAUUCGCGAUCGGCUGUUUCAGCUCCUGUUUCUGGGGAGUUCGCCUCUUCGUUAGUACCAAAGUCGAGGACGAGUGCAGAUGGAUCGAAUCAGAUGGAUGAUGCCGCUGCAUCUACUGUUGAAGAUGGUGGCGCCGAAGGUAAAAGGAAGCGACGGAAGAGGCGUUCCAAGCGUGACAGUGAUGGGAUUGAGGAAACAGUUUCUGUUGCAUCUUCUCCAGCUAGGAUUGGCAAAAUACGUGGCCAACACAUGGUCGUGGAUGAGAAGGCAGAGACGAGAUCUGGUGGCUUUCUAAGCGGUAUCUUUGGCUCAAUGGUAUCUGAGCCAGUAGAUAGCAAGAGAUCUUCAUCUGCAGAGAGACGCUCGUCUCGUGAAGUCCAAUCGGAGAUCGGAACUCGGGUGUCAGAGGAGUCAAGGAAUCGACGGAAAGAGAGGUCAUCCAGGCGCCGCAGCAAUAGUGGGAGAGACCCGUUAGAAGAUGACUCUGCCCCAGAGGAUGGUAUGGCUGCGGAGAAGGAGAAUAUUAACAUUGAAGGCUACAAAUCUAGCAGACAGCGAAGGGAAGAACGACGGCGGCAAAGAUACGAAGGAAUCCUGGAAGCGGGUAAAGAUACGGAGUAUGAGAAGGCUCGGGAUUCACCUCAAAACUACGACGAUGGACAAUACUUUUUAGCAGAGGGUUCUGAAUUGCCGGUCAAGGUAGACGACGGCGAUCACAGUUUUGUUUCAGAACAGUCAUCCUCGACCGAUGCAGAAGCUAGAAGGUUGGGAUUAGAACUUCUAGAGCAGCGGCCAAGAAGUCGCUCGGCCUCACCCCCUUCAUCGGCAAAGGCCUUCGAUAUGGAGCCCAAAUCCCAGAGUAGACCCACCUCUCCUGAGAUGGCCCGAAGACACGAAGAGGGUAGGGAUUGGGGUAUGUCGCCUCCGUCUAUGAUGCGGUCGAUGGAGUCUCCUACUGCUGUCCCAUUGCAUUUUCGCCGGCCUCCUACCUCACCGGGAGUCCAGCGUUCACCGUCAGCUAUCUCUCCUGUACCCCCUUCACCCAACUCACCAACUCAAGCGCGCCCUCGUCGGCCGGCCUCCACUGAGUUCAAGAGUUCGCGUGAAAUCCGACCCUUGUGGCUUGUAGAGCGGCACGGGUCCAGCAAGGCGGAUGACCAGCCUCACGAACCCUUGCCUUCCCUCCCGUCGAGCAAAACCUCAUCAGCAACUGCAUCUGUGGAGGAUCUUACAGUUCUUCCAGAUGAAACGAGCUGGGAGAUGCUCGACCUCAGCCACUACGUUCACAAUGCACCGCAGCCUAGAGGUACUGAUAUCGCGUUCACCCGACGCUAUAGUGAUAACAGCCAGUGUGAUAUCCUUGAUUCCCAGCAAGGAACGCCGACUGCAAAAACUUUUGGCCAAGUCAAUGCUCCCUCUUCAUCCAGGAAAGACAAGCCAAAGUAUGAGUUUCAUUCCCCUUCGGAGCUUCUACAGGACCCCAGUGCGUAUGCCGACUUGCCUCCUUCCUCCACGAUGGAAGCGCUCCCUUCCGCUGAAAGCUCCGUAGUUGGGGUCCAGGAGAAUGUUGAGACACAGGGCUCGUUACCACAUCCAUACGACCGGGCCUCUACUCCAGAGGGCAAAUCUAUUGAGGCCUCAGUGACUGCAGACUCAACCCCCACUCAAACAAAGUCAGCCCUUAUAGUGGAUGCUUCGAAGAUUCCCAAGGAAGUGGGAUUUGCUAGUGCCGUCGACGCAGCAGUUGCUGCAGCAGUGGGUGCAGGGAUGGCUAUCUCAUCAGACAUGUCAGACACAGAAGCCAAGGAUAUGAGUAAAUCGGCUGGUGUCCCAUUUGCAAAUGACGAAGAUACUCCAGCUGCCAUUGACAAGGAUGAUAUUCUACGCAAUCUCUCGCUCAAAGACUCACUGUUCGCAGAAAAAGACGUUGAGGCAUUUCCACCUACAUCGAAUACCAAGAUUGAUUUAACUCCGGUAGACUCGGUCUCCGCGGUCUCUAUCGAUGAAAAGUACGAAGAUGCGAAUGAGACGGUACUAGCCGAACGGGCUAAUGAGCCAAGAAAUGAAGAUUUUGCUCCGGAAAUUAAACCAGUCGAUGAAUUCUUAGAUAAUGAAGAGGGGACAAACGCCGGCGCUACUGGUGAAGAUGUCUUGGAAGUAGGCAUGGGAGUAGCGGAAUCUGAAGCAGGUACCGUUCCAGUCCUAAUCGAAGAUUCUUCUUAUGAGCCCUGGAAAGAGGAAAUCUAUGUAGUUGAAACCCCAGCAUCUGGAAAAUGCACGGAAGCGGCACCCGAAGGUGAAUCCCAGGCAGAGGAAAAAUCUGUCGAAGUUGUUGCCCCAGUAUCCUCUAAGAAGAAGAAAAAAGACCGGAAGCGCAAAAACAAGGGAAUGAACCCUGAUACUCCGGAAAGCACUCUAACUACCGGAGACUCAACGGCUACAGCACCGCAGGAAAGUGGGCAAUCACAAGAGCUGCUGUCUCAGGAACCGGUCCUGGGAGCAAGUCCUGAAGAGCUUGAAUCUGGUACCCAAGCAGAACCCGAAACAUCACUGGCUUUGGGUGUUGAGGAGACACAUAUCGACAUCGCGACGUCUUCCAAGAAAAUCAAACGUGAUAAGAAGAGAAAGAAAAGCAAGGGCUCUGUUCCGGUCGAGGCUUCAGAGGAACCCAGUAGCAUUGAAAGUGCACAACUAACAGCGGAAACCACCGCGGAUGAAAAGGACGCGAAGCCGAUUGCAGAGACUACGAGCCCUAAAGCGGAAGAGGCGCCAUCCGAAGAAGCUUUUAAAGAGACACAGGAAGUCCUUUCCUCUACAACUCAGGAGCUGGUAGAACCUAGUCCGGAAAUCGCUGAAAAUCUCAGCCGUGACAUGCCAGCUCUACCAGAGAAUACGCUACGAGAAGUGACACCAGCAGAGGUCAAAGGCGGAGAUAAAAAAUUUCUGGAGCCUGUUGACGCCCUACAAGGAUCGGCUGGAGAGUUUAACUUCGGCCAAGAGGAAUCUCCAGAAUCUACUCAAGUGAAUGAAGAUCUUAACCCACCGGCCGCUUCGAUUUCGGAAGAGGGUGUUACAGUGUUCGCUAUGGAUGAUGACGCUAAUGACACACCCCCAGCCGAUGUGCAGGGGCAGAUGGAUGCUACUGGAUCUGAAUGUGUUGACUCUCACCCUCAGCCAACAGAGCUAGUGGAGAAGGAUCGGAAAGAGAUAGUUGGCGACGGAGAAACAACAGCCCUUGAAGAUUCAGUCUUAGACACUGCCUCCACUGCACAGAAGGAAGGUAUCCAAGGUGUUCCCGGAGCGGAUAGCCCAUCUAUUUCUACCGACCAUGGCAAAACUGUGCUAGAUUCCGACGUUCACAGUCAGGAGGCUGAGGCCAUUCCAGAAAACGAAGCUACAUUAUCACGCAAAAGCAGUAAGAAGAAAAAGAAGAAUAAAGAUAAAAGUGGUAUAGCGCUAUCAACAGAGGGCGAAUCAGAGGGUAUCGCGCCACAUACGCUUUCAGGUGAAACCGUGCCUGAGGCAGAAUUUGAGCCCGCAGCCCCAGGUGAGAGUGAGGUUCAGUCAACGCAAACAGAGGAGACUUAUAAACAAGACGAAACAUCCCUCCAGGUUUCCUCAAAAGUUGACGGGUCAGCUCCUGAAGCUACAACUUCGGCCACCGACUCUACUGUAGUUACUUCAGCAGAAACACAUCAGGAAGUCGUCACAGAAGAAUCGUGGGAAGUGCAACCAAAAAAGACUGGCAAAAAGAGUAAAAAGGACCCCAAGUCCAUGACGUCUCUGCACGAACCUCAAAUGGAGCCCGAGGCCAAGGCCAAACCAGAAGAGUCCGUCGUGGAAGAUGCUGCUGAAACCCCGCUUCCUCAAAUUAGCGGUGAGGUGCAUCCCACAGAUGACAGAGAGGUUCUCAACAAGCAAUUCUCUGGAGCAGGGGAGGUUGAAGCCACACCCCUAACAGCAGAAAAUGAGUCAAAUCCUGUGGAGAACGGCGAAGCCAAUGACGUUGUACCACAUGUAUCGGACCAAGCGCCAAAAUCUCUGUCUGGGCCUGACGUAGGAGAAACCGCAUCGACAAAGAAGAGCAAGAAAAAGAAGUCGAAGAAACAGAGCACCUCAUCUAUUGCUAAUGACAGUUCGAUAACUGCUGAGUCUUCUCUGGACAACAGCACUGUGAGUUUGGAUGCGACUGCGCCCCCUCUCCAUGAAGAAACAGCUACCGAGGAACCCCAGGAAUUUAAGGAAGAGGAAUUAAUUGAAAGCGAGCCACCAGCUCCACAGGACAGAGUGUCACCAGAACCAGCACUCAUAAUGACCGCUACUCAAAAGAAGAAGGCAAGGAAAGAGAAGAAGAAACAGCGCCAACCUUCUUCCCUAGACAAGACAGUGAUUCCCACUCCACCAUCUGAAAAAACAUCGACCGAUGGACCUAAAGAGGAUCUCCCGCAUUCUACAACAGAAGUACCAAUUGCUCAAGAACCAGAGAAGACUCAAAUAACAGCAGAUGCAGAACACGAGGAAGAGCAGUCAAAGGAGGAGGCGACAGUAGCAACGGAAUCUAGCAUCGCAGCAGAAAAACCUGUCGGUCAUGGAGAGCCUGAGCAGCAAGGAGCCGGAGAUAUCAUCGAAGAUACUACUGCCGUGGAUGAGCAACCUGGAGUUGAGUCUGAGCGUGAACAACCAGCAGAUGAAACGUCUCACGGGGUGAGCACUACUUCUAUUCCCGAGGAGCCGCUGGAGAUCGAUACCCAGCUGGUUCAUGAGGGGCUCAAAGACGUAACGACUCAGGAACCAUUGCAAGAGCCAGUGCAGGAGCAGUCAAUACAGGAGCCGACCCAAGUCACAACCCCAGAUGAUCCGGUUAAUACCGAAGAAAUGCCAGAAAAGCAACCAGACGAGGAACGUACAACUGCUGAAGAUUCUGCGCAACACCCACUCGAAGAGUCCAAACCUGAUGCUUCUGCAAAGUCCAAGAAACAGAAAAAGAAAAAGAAGAAAAGGCAAUCUGAACAGACUACUCCUGCAACAGAAGGAGCCUCUGAAUCACCCUCUGCGAAUGUAGAGUUUUUUGAAGCAUCUGAGGACCAACGUGACUGGGUGACACACAAGCACCUGAAGAACGUCUGUGAUACACAAGCACCUGGAGAACGAACAGUUCCAGAAGAACCGAUCCAGGAGCCAUUGCUAGAAGCAGAGCAGACAGCAGAACCAGCAGAACCAGCAGAACCAGCAGAACCAGCAGAACCAGCAGAACCAGCAGAACCAGCAGAACCAGCAGAACCAGCAGAACCAGCAGAACCAGCAGAACCAGCAGAACCAGCAGAACCAGCAGAACCAGCAGAAGCAAUAGAGCCAACAGGACCAGUGGAGCUAGCGGAAGCACCUCAAAGCGUAACUUCCAAAAAGAAGGCUAAGAAAAAGAAAAAGCGCCAAUCUCUUUCAAUAGACGAAGUUCAAUCCCUCGUUGCGACCGAGUCUACCGAAAUUUCUUCUGUUGAUCCUCUGAACGCCGAACAUAUCCCGGAAUCUAUACAGAGCCCGUCUAUUGCGGAUGCGGCAAACUUUGAGAAACAAGUAAUUCCUGUGCAAGAAGAGAAGGAAGAGGAGGCAAAACAUGCGGAGGCUACGGAGACAACUGAGACUUUAGAGGCUGCAGAAGAACCACAAAUAACCGUUUCCAAAAAGGCAAAGAAGAAACGCAAGUCGGUUACUUUUGCGGCAGAGGAUUCAUCAGCGCAAUUCUCUGAACAGCCACUCGAACUAAAAGAAGUGAAUUCUACGGACUCUUCACAACAACUAGAUGAGCAAAAGAAUGAGGGCACACAGACAUGUGUAAACCAGGAAAGCCGUGUUGGUAUAUCUUUCGAUGAAGUUCAGCAUUCGGAAUCGCUGCCUGCUAAGCCUUCCCAAGACACUCUCAGUUCUGCACUUGACAUAGACACCAAGCCCACAGAUGAAUCCGAUCUACAGGAGGACGAGCUCACCCGGCUACAACCUGAAGUUUUAACUGAAGAGCCAAGAGAUACCACAGAGGCUUCUCAAUCCCUAGUUCAGUCUCCUAAGGAAGAGAAAGAACCCGAAGUGGAGAACCUAGCUGUUGCAGCAAAGGAUGAUACUCUCAGUGAUACUCCUGAAUCAUUCAAACAGGUGGAAGAGCCAAGCCAAAACACUCAAAAUCCCGAAGAAUUUCAGAAAGAAGCCGGCUGUGAAAUUACUGUUGAGCCUGAUACGUCCGAAAUACGGCCUCAAGUUGUCAAUUACACCGGCGAACAGGAGGCAGGCCCUUUAGAAUUCAAAAAUGAGAAGCCCGAAGCCCCAAGAUCAAAUGAAGAGGUGGCCAUGCACAAAUCUGAGCCCGUCCAUAAGAAAGCUACUGGAGAUGCACUUAAUACUACGGCACCCGAAAUAAAGGAUUCUGAAGAGACCACGACUCAGUCCGAAAAGUCAAAGGAUGAAGGAAAUGCAGUUCUGUCAGCAAAAGAGAAGAGAAAGGCAAAAAAGAAGGAGAAAAAACGCCAAUCCCAAAAUCUAAAUAUUGGACAUGGUACCUCAAUCAUAACAGAAACGGCUCCAAAUUCAUUGGAACGAACGCUUCGUGAUUCCUCGGCACCAGAGGGGACCACUUCUACUGAGAAUGUCCCCCACGCUACAAACGAAGCCGAAACGCCUGCCAAUGCUAAAUCUCCGGGCCUAUCACUCGAGACGGAAGUUGCACCUGCUGAAGAUGACGGUAAAGACAAUCAGUCCCACGACACCGGAAUACACGGCAUGAACGAUAAAGAUCUGAUUUGGACUGAUGACAUAGUAUCUUCGCAGGUAGAGCAACGGCAAACGACUUUAUCCGCCUAUCCUCCCCUACCCGUAUCUGAACAUGGAGAAAAUCCAUUAGCUGCUAUCUCUGGCCAGGAAGAAAGAACAAUUGGUCAAGUUGCUGUGGGGGGAGAAAGCCAGUUGCAAACUGUCAACGAGCCAGGGGAAUCUAGCGAGGCAGACAAGGAACCGAUCACAACGCCCGCCGAAAGCAUUGAGGAAGUAUGUGAUGAUGUGGCAAGUGUGACGGCGCCAAUGCAGGAAGGAGAUGAAGCGAUGAGCGAGCGCGUACGUGCGAUGUCCGAAGAUGAAGAGAAGUUGGAAAUGCCAGAACCGGUUUCGACAAUUGAGGAACUCGCCAGGGGUGAUGGGGAGAAUACGGCCGAAACUCCAUCCAGCAGGGAUUUAAUUAAUGCUCUACCGUUGGAAGGUGAAGAAAAUCUACCAGAUUCCAUCAAAAGAAACGCAAUGGGUGAGCUGCCAGAGGAAAGUGAAGAAGUCAUACCGGACACCGAAGAGUUUGGAUUGGCAGCACUGUCAAGUAAAAUGAGUAAGAAGGGACGGAAGAAGCUUCGAAAGGCGCAAAAGGCUGUACGUCUUUCUCAGAAUCAAGGUCUGGAGGAUUCUUCCGAAAGUAAAGGUGAGGAAACGCACCCAGCUGCUUCGGAGCAGCCAACAGACUCCACAACUCAUACGGCCAAUCAAGAAACGCUUGUAGCGCCUGAGGACUCCGUGCAGGAAGCAAAAGAAGAUCUUGAGUCGCAGGAGUCUAUUGCACAGCUUCCUGUUUCAACGGUGGACGAAAAUGAAGUGGAAACAACUGUAAAAGGGCCUUACGAGACCAACACAAGCGAAGCUUCUUUAGGCUCAAACAUACCUAUUGCCACUGAAGACCCUCGUGCAGAUACUGUAGGAGAGACUUUAGCCCCGGGGAUUACAGAAAGAGACAAAAGCAGCAAGGAUGAGAUCGAAAUUGAGAAAUCUAGUCUUAGCACCUCGAAAUGGAAGGAUGAGGCCAUGCAAGAAGAAAAGACGAAGGGGCUUCUCGGAUUAGAAGAAUUGCCGGCAACAAUUGACGUCGCCAUUGACAGUGGAGAACCCAUAGAUAAAGAACGAUCUGCCGAAAGUUCGCAACCACCAGAGGUAGCUCAUGGGCCGCUUUCCAAGAACAAAGAAUUCUCUGAGGGCGAUUUGCGGCCUGCGCUUGAAGAGGUUCUUAGUCAGAAGACCCAAGACGUGAGCCAAGAAACUCACGAAAAAGCCUCUUCGGAGCCAUUAAGUCGCAAAGAGUCUAAGGGAAAGAAGAAAGCAAAGAAGAAUGUCAAAAGACAGUCGGAUGCGUCUCCUGGUCCUGAUCCUACCGAGGUUGAGAUCAGGCAAGAUAUCAUUGCGGACCUCGCUCCAGAAGCAGACUUUGCAUCCGGUCUGCCUGCUGAAGAAUCAAAAUGGUCACCUGGAGACGUGCAUUCAACCAUCGAACAUAUAAACGCCGAACACGCCGAAUCAUAUCCAAUUAUGGACCCAUUAGUACGUAAGGAUACAGAUCAGCUGGCGUCUAUGGACAAUCCUAGCCAGAGCAGUCAGGAAAUACUUGAAGAGAAGCAAGAGGAGCCGAGAGCAGACGAGGAGAUGGCAAUAGCCGAGGACUCUGUCGGCGGCGACCUCGUAGAGCUCGAUGCUACAGUCCCAGUGUCAAGAAAGCAGUCGAGAAAAGAAAAGAAGAAGGCCAAAAAGAAGGGGAAGCAAGAGACCAUCCAGGUAGCACAGGAGCCAGAGCCAGAGUCAACCCUGGAGUUGUCCAAAGACCAUACCGAAGACCAGCAUUCUGCCACAAAAGAGCCAAUGGAGGACUCGAGACUACAGAUAGUUGAGGGGGCCAGGAUGGAUGAGGGUCAUCUUUCAAGGGCAUCUUUCCAAGAGGAGGCGAUGAAAGAGGAUGGCGAAGAUGUUAAAGCUAUGGAUGUUGAAGCUCCUACUGAGCCGAGGAUCUCCUCCGAAGAGCCAUUUUAUGCACAAGAGGAACCCAUGGCCUUGGGAGGAAAACGUUAUUCCCAUGGUGGUGACUCUUUGCCUUCAAUAGAUUGGGAGAAAGGUAAGAUCGACUCCAACGGACCAUCUCCCCAGUCAUCGCCUGAGGCUUGCCCAGUCCCAUUUGAGCCAGGCAUUGCUGAAUUCGAUGAAUCUGCUAUUCCAGAAGGUCUAACGAUACGAAUAGACAAGCUGGCUGCUGAAAGGAAGGCAUUGGAAAGCGCCAUGACAGACAAAUCUACUCUGGAGAUUCCACAAAAUGUGUCGGGGGCUUUGGAUUCCAGUGUCGAGCCACCCGCGGAAGCAACCAGGCAGGUGGAACAUGAACCAUAUCUAGACCCUGCUCUUCAUGUCGUGCAUGAGACUGAGAGCGCCAAACCUCCAAGGCGAAGAGAUGACAAGCUCGAUGGGUUGUCGCACAAGCAAAGUAAAGUUGCCAGCGUGUUCCCCAACCUCGCGCGGGGAUCAUUUCGACUCCCCGUUCCAGUUCAAUCGACCCAGUCGGUAAAAGAUGGGGCCGAGGAUGAGACUCUUGAUCAUCAAGAGGUCUCGGAGGCGCCCAUUCCCACUGCUGACAGUCAGGUUAGCAGGCUCUCGCAGGAAGAUACUGGCUUCCAAGGAGAACAAAUUACAUCUACGAACCGCAAUCUAUCAGAGGAGACUACUGCAAAUUAUUCUCAAUCAAUUCACCCUGAGGGUAUUCCUGUUGAUGCCGGAGCAGAAGACGUAAACAACCAGCCGAAAGAGCGCUCUCGCUCCGUCGGGCCACAAUCGGAGAAUGAAAAAAAUCUCAGGGCCAUGGAAUCCAACCAGGCCGAGCAAGUCAUUCCAGAGCUGUUCACUGGCAACGAGACCCCUUCGUUAUAUGCACCGAAACCCAUACAUAAGCGAGCCUCUACUCUUUACCGUGCCACUAAUAUGGACCGGCCGUCAAGCCCUGACUCCUACGGGCUUCGACACAACCCAUCAAUUCACGGACGGCAUAAUCACCCUCUGCAGCCAUGGUCUCUAGAAGACCCUGCACCGAUCGCACAGCCAAGAACGUUGUCACCGUUAGGUUUCGUUGAUGGACAGCAGUCGGGGCCUAGCAAGGAGGCAGUUUCACCGCCACGAACACCGUUACAGACGAUUACGGAAGAUGGUCCAAGAGACCGUGGAUCUGGAACCCGCGGCACGCCAUGUCUGGAGAUGAAACCAGAACAUAUACUCCCACGUCCCGAGACGCCCGUAAGGAAGUUCACCGACAACGCGUUAGCGCGCCAAUCUUGGCCGACGCCUGAGCGAGACCAUAUCGCAGACGAAGAUGAGGAUAUCGGAUUGAAAAAGCAUCGACGCACAGUGGACAGCAAAUGGCCGAUGGAAAUCCAGACACCUGAACAAGGGAUGCCGAUCCUGAGACCGACGGGCAGCGCGAGCAGCAUCCGAAGUUUACAGAGCGUGCAGAGCGCCCGAUCGCUGCGCCGAAUGGGACGCUCGACAAGUGGUGAUUUGCGGGCGGCAGCGGCCAGCCAACCACCCGGUUCCCAGCCUCCUCCUCAUUCCCCUCUUCCCACCGAUCUGAACAUCGAGCGCAUUGCUUCCUCCUCUUCCUACGACCCCGUCACGGACAAGGGCAAACGCCCCCUACGAGCCAUGACGGAUGUCUAUGAGGGUUGGGGGGAGACGCCAAGCUCACCCCGGUCGCCUAGCCGACCACCCAGUAUCCGCCAUCGCCGCAGUAUGCAACACCUCCAAGAACUGGAAUCUCGUCUCGACCAACUCAUCUCUGAAAAUCGUCUUCUCAUCGCCUCGCGGGACGCCGCGGAGGAAAAAUUACGGAGCACCAGCGUUGCCCGACGCAAGAGCGACCAUGCCCUUAAUACUAGCGACGCCAACUUGCGGGACAGGGAAGCGGAAGUAGAACAACUCAAGAGCUCGGUGGACUGGCUCCAGAAAGAAGUGGCCCGAUUGACCGAAGAAAACGAAGGUCUAACCACCGCGAAUUCUAACUUGACUGUCGCCCAUGCAACCGCAAUCCAAACGGUGCGCGAAUCAUCCACCCGCGAACUUAAUGACUUGCGCCUACAAAACCACCAGCUGGCGUCGAACGUGCAAGACCAGAUACGACAAGAGGUAGACGCCGCGUUGUCUCAGAAAAAUCUAGAACUGCGCCGGCUACGGGAGGAACUUGAGAACGCUCGAGACAAAGUGAAAGAGCUGCAGCAGCAAAUCACAACUUCGAUGAACGACAACGUCCUCGUCUUCCGCGACGAGGACUAUUUCGAUGCUGCCUGUCAGAAGUUAUGUGGCCAUGUGCAGCAGUGGGUGUUACGAUUCUCCAAACACUCCGACCACCAUCGUUGCCGCAAACUGGGCGACCUACAGGAUGAGAAGGUCGCCGACCGGUUUGACAACGCUAUUCUAGAUGGCUCCGAUGCCGACACGUACCUUGCGGAUCGGGUCCAUCGACGUGACGUAUUCAUGUCGGUUGUGAUGACAAUGGUGUGGGAGUACAUCUUCACGCGGUAUCUAUUUGGUAUGGACCGCGAACAGCGGCAAAAGCUCAAGUCCCUCGAGAAACAACUGGCCGAGGUAGGCCAGCGCAACGCCAUCCAUCGAUGGCGUGCCACUACCUUGACCAUGCUGUCGAAGCGUCCCACUUUCUCCCGCCAACGCGACGCCGACACCGAAGCCGUUGCAUUGGAGAUUUUCGAAACCCUGUCGCGCCUCCUACCGCCACCCACCCACGUUGAAUCUCAGCUCCUCGACUCUCUGCGCAGGGUGCUCCGGGUUGCAGUCAGCCUGUCGGUAGAGAUGCGUACACAGCUAGCGGAAUACAUUAUGCUGCCUCCGCUGCAGCCCGAAUACGACACCAAUGGCGACCUUGCCCGUCAAGUCCACUUUAAUGCAUCACUUAUGAACGAGCGCAGCGGCGAGACCACUUCGAAUGAAGAGCUGGAAUUACAACAGGCAGUGGUUCGGGUUGUCCUGUUCCCACUGGUGGUGAAGAAGGGCAAUGAUAUGGGCGAGGGAGAGGACGAAGUGGUCGUCUGCCCGGCUCAGGUGCUUGUUGCACGCCCUUUCAAAGAUAAAAGGGUGGUGAAAAUGCUCAGUGGCGACCGUAUGUCCUUCGAUGCCAACAAAUCCGUUCACAGUGUGGCUCCGUCAUCCACUAUGGACAUGAGUAACGUGAUCUGA